CCUAAGCAAGAUUAUACGCUGACAAUAUUCUUUCCAUAUACGUAUUCAAGAUGAAUUAGAGACGUGUAUGUCCACUUGGACUCAUACAACAUUUGGCCGCUCAACCGUCAAAGCCAAACCAAUAUUUGGAUUGUAUUCAUAGUGAGCACGACAACAGUAAGGAUGUAUCCAUAGGGUUACAUCAUGCUGCAUCAUGUGAAGAUGCAUCCCCUAUCUGGCUAUAGUGGGACGUAGUAUGACUGCUGAAGAACAAUCUGAUAGCACUGGCUGGUUCAGUGCUUUCAAUCACAGCUGGAACUGUAUAAAAGUUUGUGUCUAAUACAUAUAGUGCUGACCAAUAUAAUUAUUGCCAUAACUCCUAAUUAUUUUGGUACCAUCCCUGCUGGACAGAAGAAAUUAAUAAUCUGAUGUGUCUUCCUUGAUUCUAUCAAAAGCUAAUCUUUCAUAUUUUCAAAACCAGUUUUGGUGUUUAUACAAAGUUUACACAUAUUUUUGACAUUGUCCAUUCAAUGUUGAUGUUAUCUCCUCAUCAAGAAACAAUAUUGUGUACACUUUAUUCAUAGCAACAAGAAUAGUAACCAGUCUGUCUAAAUGGAAAAUUUGAAGAAACAUCUUUUCCCCAGUAGCCGGCCUGCUGUGGGGUCCGAAACUAGAUCAGUCUUUCAUAUCGAUAAUAAUAGUAACGACCAUUUGAGCAAAGAAGUACAGGAAUGUUUUGAGAGUGUUGAAGAGUUUAAAAAUGCUGUCAAGAAUUUGGAUGGAGCUGGAACUCACCUGACAGAGUCACUGACGAAGGCGUUAAAGGAGACGCAACACAAGAGUAUUGCAGAGGAUUGUGGUGUUGCAUUCAGGGAGGUCUAUGCCUGUGAUCAGACUGCAUUUGUGUCUCAACAGUUACAGGACAUGAGCUCUGCUCUAUAUGACUUGAAAGCAAAGAUGGAGGAUACCACUGCGGAUGAUCUGUCUGCUGAAUAUGCUCAGACCUUGUGUAAAGUGUUGCUGGUAUUCUUGAAAACCCAGCAAACAUACCACAAGCUUUGCAGUGACAGGAUGAUGGAUUUGGUUCAGAAACUAAGCAUGUCAAAAGGAAUCCAAAAUCAAGGGGAGAUAACCAAACACUUUAUGGCUUUGCUGACCACUAAUAUGGACAAAUCACAGAACAAAAUCCAUCUCAAGAAUGGCAGCAGUCCAUCGCAAUCACCCAAAGGGAGUCCCAAGACAAAGAAAGCCAUGAAAGGUCCGGAUUCACCAAAACCUUUAGCCAAACAAACAUUUAAGUCUUCGUUACUUUCUCUGUUUGAUCGAAAACCUUCACCAGAAGAAGGUAAAAGUGCCUUUUAUGUAGAUGUUGCAGCAGGCUGCCCGACUAAGGAUGAGCUGGACUCGACUCAGACUGCAGGCAGCUCCGAGUCAGUACAAGGGAGGCCAGAUCAAGCAGGAGCAAAUACAGAACAAAUCUCUGCCUCGAAAGAAGUUCCACAAGCUAACCUUCUUGGCCUUGACCUUGAUGGACCUGCUCAAGGGCACAGGAAACUGGAAGCCUCAGCUCAAGGUCACCCAAGGCUUGACAAUACAAGUCUUGGCUUAUCAAAGUUAGCUCUCAUGGGUCAAGGUCAUGUUCCAAAUACCAUAGGUCAAGGUCAUCAUCCAAGUGCUACAGGUCAAGGCCAACCAUUAGUUGAACUGAUUGGGCUGCCUGAAUCAUGUGAUCCCAAGUUGGCUGCAGGCAGUCUUUUGAAACCCCAUCUGAUGGGCCUGGACCCUGGUCAUCAGUCUCAUUUGAAUCCAGUGGUUGAUCCACGAAACUUACACUUACAUGGGCUUCAGCCCCCACCAGGUGUGGGUCUAAUGCAGGUGAACUGUCAGUUGGCUUCGGAGGAGGAGCUGGAGAGUGUUAUCAACCUGCUGUCCGGCGUCAACUGCUCCAACUCACCUAUGCAAGCGAUCCCCGAGAACCAGGUUCAAGGUCAAGUUCAGCUGACAGUGCCCCAGAUAUAUCGCAUGCCAAGUCCUGCCUCCGACUCUAAUGUUGAAGAGAUGAAACAUCCCAAGUACCAGAUGCACCGACGCUCUGAAGGAUGUCUGGAUCUGUCUGGUGUCCGUGGAAACACCUGGCCUCACCAACAUAGAGCUAGUCUCCCUGCCGUUCAGUCAUUCCCCCAGCGGCAAAUGAUGGAUCCCUCUCGUGAUGCGACCAUGCACAUGCGUCAGUGCUCACAGGACAUGCACAUGCCGUAUCGUCCGAACCCAGGGUACAUAGCUGCCGGCCCUGGACCCGGGCCGAUUAUGUCCACGUCACAGUGGUCUUUCCCUGGCAGUGGAACAUGGCCGGCCAUGAACACCCAUGGAGGGUCCGACACGAUGAACAGCAGCUGGUCCGGUGUCCAGGACUCGAGUGACCUAAGUGAUGAUUCGUCCAGUGGGGAACAGUUCUAUGCUGUCGGCCGGGACCUGGUGCAGGCCAUCGACUCCAAAGAGGACAGCAGUGAUGACGAUUGUGACAGAAGGCGGGGCUCCCAAAAGUACCAUGGGGCUAUGGCACCGGACCCUCAUGAUGCAUCGUCCAUGCACACCUGGCCUCCCAAACAGCAAUGGAGCCACUCUAACCUGUAUCUCAGCUCUGGUGUGGAGCAUCUGGAGCCUCCGGACAACAGCCAGUUCCCGCACAGACCCGUCCAGAUGCAGUGGAGUGACCCCAUGUCAUCUCGCAGUAUGUGGCCGGCUGGACCCCCGCCUCUUGGUAUCCCUCCACAACGUACCUCUCAAAGUAUGCAGGGCUUUGGGACUCUCCAGUGACCUUGACCUUUGUAGGUGGCCUUGACAUUUCAUCACACUCACAUCUCCAUCAAGAGUUCCAGGACUGCAUAAUAAUUCAGUUUUGUGUGAAUGCUAAAAGCAUGGAAUUCAAAUGCUAAGUUAAAAAAUGAUUUAUUGUGGUGCUGUAUCUUAGCUCAUCAGCAGUGUGCAUACUAGGAAUCUGAAUCCAGGGCUCCAUUAAAGUUGUAGAAGACAGGCACUAAAGCAAACUGUUAUAACAAAAUUAAACCCCAUAUAUGUGUGUGUGUGUGUGCACCAAGUGCAUGUUAAACAUUUUUGGAAAGACUUCCGCCCGUAUCACCACUUUAAUUUCAUUUUGCAAGACUAACCCUAACCCUAUCCAGAUAAUUUAAUGUCUUUAUGCACAAUGUCAUUUUUAAACUUAUUUUGUGGCUUCUGGUCAAAUCAUAUAACCUGAAUAUAAAUAUAUCUUUUUCAUCAUCGUUAAAAUUCCCGGGAGAUACGGGCGGAAUCUUACCAAAAUUUCAAAUUUGUGUCUUGACAAACCCAUUAAUACUUGUCCACACAUUAUCAAUCUUUGAACACCCUCAAUACAUCAAGGCUGUAUUUACCAUACUACAUCACUGAUUCAUGUGUAAUUCCUCAUGCUUUCGUGGGCUUUAUGUCAUCAAACUGUGAGUACUUCAGGAACAGGUAAUUUACUCGAGCUUUAUCAAUCACAGGUUGACCACUAUUGUGAUAGUUUCUUUUCCCAACUGUAUGGGUGCAAUGUGUGAAGCCCAUUUCUGGUGUCUCCCACCUUGAUAUUGCUUCAACAUUGCUAAAAGCAGUGUAAAACUCAACUCACUCACUCACUAUUUCCAAUCUGGUAAUAAUCAUUACGCAUUUUAUAUGCCAUUGAUGAUAUUGCCACAUACCCUCUCAGUAUGUACCAACCGAAAAAGUUAUCAGCCUGAUAACAGAGGUUCUGUUUAGGCCUAAAAAAGAAUGUUGUGGUUUCGAUUACCCGACCGACCCUUGAAUCCUGGUGCUGACCCUAUUUUUUUUAAGCGCUAUGAAUAUGAUAAGC